AUGACACAACGACUAAGCUUCGCCCAGCUCGAGCAGGCUGCUCUUCACAUUAUUCGUCUCAUCGCAGACAUUCCCGGCCUCGAGAACACUCGUCUCGCCAUUGUUGGAGACUUGGCUGUCAACAAAUACUUGUCGCAACAAGCCAAAGUUACAGUAAGCCAUCCCACACAAUCUCAACCUCCCAAACCCUUCUCUAACAUCCGCCAACAGAGCAUCGACUUGGUCAUCAGCAAGUCCUCUUCUCCCGGUCGCGUCAAGAAGGAAAUUGUCGGCCAUCCCAUCACUCCCCUCGUCGAAAAGUCCGGCGUCGUUCUGUACCGCCACACAACAGGAUGGGAGAUUGAAGUCAAGCUCAUCCCCGACUGGCUCAGCCCAUACCUCCCCGAAGCCGCCAAGCGCGUCCGCGAUGUAAAGGGCGAGUCCACCCUGCCUUACACAUCCCUCGAGGACAUCAUCAUCUUCAAGAUGGACGCCUGCGGUCUCCACGAGAACGACAACAGCAAGCGACGCGAUGCCUGCGAUGCAGCUGCCCUGCUCGACUUGGCCUCUGAGCAUGGUGCCUUGGUUCUCGACGAGGACAAGACGGAGCGAGCGGAGGAGGCUUUGGCUGACAUGGUUGAGUUCUCGGAUGAGAAGGACAAGGGCUGGUGGCAGCGUUGCCUGGGAAUGGUCAACAACAAGCCCCGUACGCCCCAAGAGAUUCUCUCCGACAUCGCCGAGCGACCUCAGACCGCCUCUUCGCGAUCGUCCGUCCACUCGUCCAUCUCGCGCGCCUCAUCCUACACCAGCAACGCAUCCAGCCACUCCUCCGCCUCGUCCAUCUCCUCCACCAGCGCCGACGACAAGUCCCCCAAGUCACCAAUCCCCGAGAAGAAUGGUCGCCCUCGCAAGAUGAGUGUCACCAAGAAGCCCUCUCGUCAUAAGCGCCACACUUCCAUCGGCGCCUCUACCUCGGUCAGCGCUCUCGACGCUCACAUGCACCGCCUUGAGCUGGACCGUCCUGCCUCGCCUGGCAUUUCUCUGACGAACCGCAUUUAA